AAUAUGCCUUGUGCAGGCAGAGGGAUCUUCAGCUGAAUCUAUAGCGGCGCUUGCGAAAGUCGAUAUUGUGAAGCAGAGGAUGGAAGCUGCAUACGAGACAUUGCAAGAUGCUGCUGGGUUAACUCAACUGAGUGCGACAGUCGAGGAUGUUUUUGCAAGUGGUGAUCUUCCUCGCGUGGCCGAAACUUUAGCCAACAUGAGGCAUUGCUUGUCUGCUGUUGGGGAGGUUGCGGAAUUUGCAAAUGUGAGGAAGCAACUUGAGGUCUUAGAGGAUAGGCUUGAUUCAAUGGUGCAACCACGUCUUACCGACGCAAUAUCCAAUCGCAAGGUUGAAAUUGCUCAAGAUUUGCGUGGGAUUCUCAUUCGAAUUGGGAGGUUCAAGUCCAUGGAGUUGCAUUAUACAAAAGUUCACCUAAAGCCCAUAAAGCAGCUAUGGGAAGAUUUUGACGCAAAACAACCACCGCCUAAUAAGCUUGCAACUGAGAAGUCUCAAUUUGAAAGACCAUCCGCUACUAAUGAGUCUCAGUCAGCUGCUCCCACAAUUCUAUUCUCCACUUGGCUCCCAAAUUUCUAUGAUGAAUUGCUACUUUAUCUUGAACAAGAAUGGAAGUGGUGCAUGGUUGCCUUUCCUGAGGAUUAUAAGUCUCUUGUCCCAAAACUGCUGGUUGAGACGAUGGUAGCUGUUGGGGCAAGUUUUGUUUCCCGUAUCAACCUUGCUACUGGAGAUGUUGUUCCUGAAACAAAAUCAUUGGCAAAAGGUAUAUUAGAUAUUCUUUCUGGUGACAUGCCAAAGGGUAUCAAGAUCCAGACGAAGCAUCUGGAGGCUUUGAUUGAAUUACACAAUAUGACCCAGACCUUUGCAAGGAAUAUUCAGCAUUUGUUUUCGGAAUCUGAUCUACGUGUUUUAAUGGAUACGCUAAAGGCAGUCUAUCUUCCAUAUGAAUCAUUUAAGCAAAGGUAUGGACAGAUGGAGCGUGCUAUACUUUCUGCUGAGAUUGCUGGAGUGGAUCUAAGAGGAGCCGUUACCCGUGGUGUGGGAGCUCAAGGAAUUGAACUUAGUGAAACAGUUCGCAGAAUGGAGGAAUCAAUUCCCCAAGUUAUUGUACUUCUUGAAGCAGCUGUUGAAAGAUGCAUCAGCUUGACUGGAGGUUCUGAGGCAGAUGAGUUAAUUCUUGCAAUUGAUGACAUAAUGUUACAGUAUAUUUCUACCUUGCAAGAAACCCUGAAAUCGUUAAGAGUUGUCUGUGGAGUGGAUCAUGGUGGUGACGGUGUUGGUUCAAAGAAGGAGACAGGGUUGGAUAAGAAGGACAUCCAAAGUGCACGCAAGGUUGAUUCGAUUUCGAAUGAGGAGGAGUGGUCCAUCGUGCAAGGUGCUUUACAAAUCCUUACAGUUGCAGAUUGUCUAACUAGCAGGUCCUCUGUAUUUGAAGCUUCCUUGAGAGCUACUCUUGCGAGAUUGAGCACUACACUCUCAGUUUCCGUGUUUGGUUCAAGUGUGGACCAAAACCUAUCUCAUCUUGCUAGUGAUGAUGGAAAUGGUUCAUCAUCUUUGGGCGGAAGGGCUGCCCUGGAUGUGGCGGCUGUGCGGCUCAUUGAUGUUCCUGAGAAGGCUCGAAAACUCUUUAACCUUUUAAGUCAGUCUAAAGAUCCUCGGUUUCAUGCACUUCCCCUCGCAUCUCAGAGGGUUACAGCAUUUGCUGACACAGUUAAUGAACUUGUAUACGAUGUUCUCAUCUCCAAAGUACGGCAACGCCUCAGUGAUGUUUCUCGAUUACCAAUAUGGUCCUCAGUUGAAGAACAAAGUGCAUAUCAUCUCCCAACCUUCAGUGCUUACCCGCAGGCCUAUGUGACCAGUAUCGGUGAAUAUCUUCUUACUUUACCUCAGCAGUUAGAGCCACUUGCGGAGGGCAUUUCGAACAGUGAUGCCAACAAUGAUGAAGCCCAGAUUUUUGCAACAGAAUGGAUGUUCAAGGUUGCAGAGGGUGCCACAGCUCUUUACAUGGAGCAACUGCGAGGAAUUCAGUACAUCACAGAUCGUGGAGCGCAACAGCUAUCUGUUGACAUAGAGUAUCUAAGCAAUGUGCUUUCUGCCUUAUCAAUGCCAAUUCCUCCUGUCCUUGCCACAUUCCACACCUGUCUUUCUACCCCAAGAGACCAGCUCAAGGACCUUGUGAAGUCGGACGCAGGAAAUCUCGACCUUCCAACUGCAAACCUUGUAUGUAAGAUCCGGCGUUUGAGUCUAGACUAGUCAUAAUUUCAUCUUGGACGAAAUUGUUUGAAAGAUGUGCAGUACAUUCUUGAAUUUAUACAGAGGGUCGGGUUGUUUUUGUGUCUGAAUUAGCCAUCGGUUCGAUGUUUCAACAUUUUGCAGUUAAUGGAGUUAUCAUGUGCUUUGGCAACGAGUAUGUAAAAUUUUGAAAUACUAGCAAUCGUAUACAUGCUUUGCAUGUGCUUAUUAAGUUUUUUUAAA